AUGCCGUUGGAAGUAUGCAAUUUGGAGAGCAGCCUAGGAGAUAUCACGUUUGUACUGAAGACUGGUCCACAGCCGGCCGAACGCACUCGGCCGGACAGGAAGGGAAUUGGCUUCGCUCGGCCUUCUCCAGGACCGAUCCGGCCGCACGACCGCACCGUCCGAGCCGGGAGGCAAUGGACCACGAUCGACCGAGAACAUCACAUCACGGCCGACCCCGACGGCCGACCACAUCCCUUACACGGUCGACCCGAGCUCCGCGAACAAGAAGCCCACUUAUGCAGUUUCGACUAUUCUGGCCCGUUUCACCUCAACCGACUUGUGGAAGACCUAGGGCACUAUAAAUACUCUUUUUUAGCCUCUUUAGAAGAGAGAGCCGCAGUCACACAGAGAAGAGCUACAAGAGAGAGGCGCACUAGGGAGCUCCCCUUAGAGGGAUCUUCCAUUGUUUUACUUCUUUCUCAUUGUUUUCCUUAG